UAUGUAUAGUGACUAAGGUCCAGCAGUUGACCAUAUCAAUCAAAGAGUUUCAAAUUAAAACAUGUUAGCAAAUGAUGAUAUCCGUUAGAUAAACAUAGAUUGUAUUAAGUGAACAUGGAUAACAGAGACUAAAGCUUUCUCUUUGGACAGUUCAAACUACCGUUCUUUCUGAUAGGCCGGGUGGAUGAGAAGUUUAUUCUGCUGAUAAACAGCACAGACGCUCACAUCUUAAGACGUUAUGGAUGUAUAUGGACACAUAUCAAUUAAAUCUGGAUUCAACUUAUGCUUGUCAGAUGUGAGUUCCAGAUGUUCAAGAUCUUCUCGGCGACAAAUGGCACAAACAACCACAAUCAAACGGUUCAAAUCAUCUUAUGCUUAUGUUUUUCUGCUCUUAACGCUGUUUGGAUUCAUGUUUUACCUUUCGGACUUUAUUCGUUACUCGCCUGGUAUUUCCAUUUACAAGUUCGACAAAGAAGGAAGGGCCAAUGUUUCUGGAAUUCUCAACAUUUUGCCAACAGUGAACUCACCUUUGUUGCAAGAUUCUUACUUUAUUCAGGACAGGAAGGUAAAAGAGGUUAACUGUGCUGCAAUCUUUGAUGGCGAUGAAAAUGAAACUGCUCUAGCCGAGCGCAUUGCUUCUACGGAAAAUCGGACUUUUUUACAACCAGCUGAUUACAUGAACAUGACUUCAAAUUGUUCAAAGUUUAUUCUUGAUCGGGGAUACAUUACUGAUCAGUUUGACAAACUGGAAAAUGAAUUUCCAAUUGCUUUUAGUAUACUCAUGUUUGCUGCAAUAGAACAGGCCGAACGAUUAUUUCGUGCUAUAUAUCGUCCACAAAACUUUUACUGUUUUCAUAUAGACGCAAAAACUGACAAUGACUUGUAUGACGCAAUGUCACGCGUGGCCGCCUGCUUUAACAACGUUCACGUGAUGGAUAAACGCGUGGAUGUGCGAUGGGGCCAAAUGUCUGUGCUUGAACCGGAAUUACUUUGUAUGGAGUUUUUGUGGAACCGUAGUGCCAAAUGGAAGUAUUUUAUCAACUUGACCGGUCAGGAAUUUCCGCUAAAAACCAACUACGAAUUAGUUCGUAUUCUGCAGGCUUACAAUGGUUCAAAUGACAUCGAAGGAACUAUUAAUAGAGCCAACACAAAACGAUGGGCCGAUGCAGGACCUCCACCACACGGCGUUGUUCCAACAAAGGGUGCCGUUCACAUAAUUGCAAGUCGGGGCUAUGUGGAUUUCGUGCUUCACGACCCAAUUGCCGCUGGCAUACUUUACUGGAGUAAAAAGACGGCGGUUCCUGACGAGACUUUCUUCUCGACGCUCAAUCAUAAUCCGUCCUUAGCAGUACCGGGAUCGUACAAAGGUAUACCUGAAACAGAAGCAAUUAAUUUCACCAGCAGCGGCAUUAAACCAUUCGUUGCUCGUUUCAAAAACUGGGGCGUCGGCAACUAUAAUUGGCCCUGCCACGGGAUGCGUGUUCGUAUGGUUUGUGUAUUUGGCGUUGGUGACCUUCCUGCAUUGUCACAGCGAAGAGAACUCUUUGCCAACAAGUUUUAUGACACGUUUCAUCCAUACACGUUGGACUGUAUGGAAGAAUGGCAUUUCAACCGAACUCGCGACCAAUACCUUGGCUCUCCUGGAUUGGACGUCCGUUGGUACGAAGAACUUGGCUUUGUGAAAAAUAAGGUGCAGUGACACCGACACUCAAGAUUUCAUACCUUCAGGUUGGUGUCAGAAUGUUACAAGCGUACACACAUUUAAUCGGCGUCGGAUUGUAUCUUUCUUACAAACACGACAGACGGAGAAAUAAAGGCCUUCCUUGCCAGCCACAAUAACUGGGGUGAAUGGACAAGUCAAGGAAAGCUGAUGCGCCUCAUUCUCUUCUACGGAGCCCGCGACCUCACUCCAUUGAAGGGCACUCAACAACUGUUCGUGAAAAUGCUUCGUUAGAAGUUCCAUCCCCUGGCAUACGACUGCCUCGAUGAAUUGUUGUUCAAUAGAACAUGGGAAGGCCACCUUGUACAAACCUUUAAUACUAACUUUGGCUUUGUGAAAAAUAAAGUUGGCCGUUUACAUAUUGUGUGCUUUCUUCCUAAAUUAAUGGUUGUACAGUGCAUAGGCUCGAUUGCUCGAUUUAAACAUUUGAAUGUUAUUAAUAACACUAUUUCAUCGUUAUGAUGUAUGUGAUUUUAUUUUCUAAAGACAGCAUUGUGGGUCUCUUCAUUAGUGCCUGGUAUGUCGUUCGACGCAAAAUUAGUUACAUGAGUGCUUGUUGUGCAUGUUCCUUUAGUUUCAUGUGUGUAUCAUCUCAUAACAUUAUUGUUGCUACAUGGUUAAAACAACUUUUUUCAAUUAGAUUCUAAUAUUCAAUCGAAAUUUGACAACUAACAGCAGUUAUCUGUGUUAUAUUUGGUCAGGCAUCUAAAAGGUAAACAUUAGCAUAUCGGCAUACAAAUAAUGACGUGUAAGCAGUUUUCAGUUUAAGACAUACAUAUUUAAUUAAGUUACCAGCAAAAGCUUCACAGUUUGUUAGAUAUUGGUUAAAAAGAUAAACGGAAGUGUAUACCUUAAACAAAACAAACAUAACCGUAUAAGGAAAUAUAAAAGGUUAAAGGUGCAAUUGGUUGGCUUUUUCGCAUAAAGAACGUCUACAGAAUUGAUACAUGUUACCUAUAGUUUCCACUAAUAUCUGCCUGGUUAGCCGGGUGUCUUGCAGGGAAAAGACGGAAGCAUGUCCACCUUGUAUUACAACUACUUAACCUACUAGAUAUCUUUUUUUCUGCUGAUGUUUAUCAUGAACGACGGCGGCGGUAACACAAACCCAUCAUGAUUCGACUUGCCUACACAUAAGUGAGUAGAGAUUGCCAAGUAGCUCAGCCUUGACCAACUUCAUCCGAGACUAUGUUGCAGCACUUGUUUGAACAGGGUUAACCGUAUCUCAUUUGCUAAUUGUUUAUGGUGUUUAUGGAUUAAGACGAUUUCACUAAAACUAUUUUUGGUAAUGUUGAAAAUGCGUUUGCAAUAAAAUGCCAAACGGCUUCGUGUUUGUGCAUCAAUUUUUCAGACAAUUCAAUUAAUUUAGACAAUUCAAUAAACAAUAUCUUUUGUGUUAUUAAUUUGUCCAAAACAAAUUAUCUGAAGACAAGUGACUUCAGUUUGGGUCUUUGAUACAAGUCUGUAAAAGAGAGUAAUCAUCGCAAACGCAAAAUAAAUACAUUAAUUAUAGUAUAAUGUGAUUAAUUGAGCACCUCAACACUUCUAGUUGCUGUAGCACAUUAUGAAUUAUAUUUACAUAGUCCUUUGCUAAAUUUGCUCAGCUCUCAAAUAUUUGAAAGGAUAUGUGUUU